AUGAUACGCAACCAACUCCCACCCCAAGCAGACGAAGCAGUGCGCACCUCACGCUGCCGAUUUAGCGCAAUCGCACCCCUAACCCGCCUACGAGCCCUUCUUCCAGGCGCCAUCUCCGGACCCACGGAUCCAAAUUACAAGUCCAAUACCUCCCCCAUCCCCAGUAUACCCAUUGAGCGCCGCCGAGCAUCUAGCAUCGCUGCCUCCCUCGACCAAGAUGAAGGACUCGCAGAGAAGAUCACCGAGCACGGCGUCGGCGUGCCAGAUACAAUCGCCAAGGAAGAAACAGUCCUCUACCUAGCCUACGGCUCAAAUCUAGCAUCCAAGACCUUCCGCGGUGUCCGCGGUAUCAACCCUCUCUCGCAGAUGGGUGUCUUCGUCCCAGAACUGCGACUCACGUUCGAUCUACCGGGUGUACCAUAUGCAGAACCCUGUUUCGCAGGUACACAAUACCGUGACCCAUCUACCCCUCCAACCCACGAUUUCGAUUUCCCAUUGGAGGAUGACGAGACGGACGUUUCGGAUAGUGAAUACUUAUCCGAGAAAGCCGCGCUGAUGAGUCGUACACUGGAAGUCGAGGUUCAUGGCGCGGGAUAUCAUAAGCGGCGGUGGUACAAGCCCCUCGUUGGAGUUGUGUAUGAGGUCACAUUGGCGGAUUAUGCGAAGAUCAUUGCUACCGAGGGAGGUGGGCGUGGAUACCGCGACGGCGUUAUCGACUGUUACCCUUUCCCGGAGGACUAUGAUCCCUCAGACCCAGUCCCCUAUCAGCCGAGUACAACCCCGUUCAAGGCGCGCACACUUCUCUCGCCUGCUGCUGAUGAUGCGCGCUUGAAAAUGCAGUCAUUGAAGAGCCGGGACUCGUCGCUUCUAUCUCAUGGUCCGAAGUUGUCGUGGUGGUAUACGGUGUGUCUGCAUUCCCGGCCUGAUCCUGAUUAUGCGCAGCCAUCCGCUCGGUAUCUUGGGUUGAUUAAGACCGGGGCGGAGGAACAUGAUCUGCCUGAAACGUACCGGGAGUAUCUUGCUCAGAUUCGGACGUAUCGGAUUACGACUACGCGGCAGAAGAUUGGGAAGGGGAUCUUCCUUGCGCUGUGGUUGCCGUGGGUUCUUUUGGCUUUGACUUUGUCGAAGAUCUUUGCGGGUUCUGAUGGUCGGAGUCCGCAAUGGCUUGUUGCUCUGUCUAAUGUUCUCUUUUCGGGAAUGUGGAAGAGCUAUGAUCGUUUCUUUGCUAGAGUCUUUGGGGAUGGUGAACGGACUCUGGAUGAUAUCCCUGCUUGGUGA